GCCUUGUGAGAAUUUUGUCGCUCGGUAAUAGAUUGCUCAACUAAACAGUCUACCAACAUCUAAGGGAAUAAAUAAAAAUAGCUAAGCUAAGCUAAGCUGAGCGUCAGAUCUACAUAUUAAAUAAACCAAAGGUAAGGACACGCAUUCGCAUUUCAACAAUGAGCGAUUCCCAACGUCAGGUGAAAAUGGUUGCCGAGCAGGCACUCGCCAGCCUUGUGGAGCGAGCCAAGCGCUUACAGCUGAAUAGUGUCUCCAGCCUUCAGCUGAACAUUGACGAUGAGGAGCAGCGGGCACACUUGAAGGAGAUUGGUGCUGAGCUGAGUGUUCCGGCUGCUAUCGGCGGCAAUGUAAAGAAGUCAACGAAGAACAGCCCAACUGGUGCCGUAGCCGGGACACAGCGAGCAUUGGCCGCCACAGUAAGAAAGCAACGUAAAAUCGAUGCGGAGCCGUCGCCGCCGCCGCCACCGUCGCCGCGUGAGCUAGGCGUGAUCGCUGAACUGAGAGAUGAGUAUAAUCAGACCGAUCAGCUGCUUGAUCAAAUGCUCACUGAUGCCACCAAUCUCAAUCGGGACAUGAUCUGCUGUUCACAGCAUCAACGCGAUCUCUCGCUGGUCCAGCAAAUCGAAUUGGAGACGACAACACGCUCGCUGGACUCCCUGUUCGGCGCUCUCAGCGCUGACCUGGGACGCAAUGACCUGCGCGAUGCUAUGCAACGGUGCGACACCGCUCUCGAGCGCACCAAGCAGCGUCUAUGCAACGAACUUAUCAACGAACAGACCGAUUCCCACUCUGACCCCAACUCCGACACUCAGUCGAACCACUCAAAUGACAACAAUUCCGAUGAGAUCAACUUCAAUGAUAACAACUUCUGUGACAACAACUUCAGUGACAGCAACAAAAUCACUGUAUUUGAAGCUAUCACCGAGGCCAUGGAAAUGCCAGGAGUGGUGGGCAAGGAGCCACUGAUCGAACCAAUUGAGCCGCGAGAGCCAACGUUAGGGGACUGCGACGGAUCCUCGUUGCUGGCCAAGCGCGACUAGGGUAGAUACCCAAUUAAAAUGGUUCAUCACUAAUCAUAGAUUUACGAUAUUCGGAUUGUCGCUAACAAUCAAUAAAUUCUCGUUGCACCGUAAACACAACCAGAUCCUAAUCCCAAUCCCAACCCCAUUCCCAUUCCCAAGCCCAAUCCCAAUCCCAAUCCCAAUCCCAAUCCCAGCUGUUGACUGAUACAGAUGCCAGUGACAAACUUUUCUUGUUAAGCUCAUCAACUGAAUGGGAAGUGCAGCACAGCUCUCCUGCAGCCUGCUCCUUUCAACGUCAUCAUCAGCUGGCAACAGUUUGAGCUGAGGACUGUGCUCCAACUCGUAGACUCCACUUGCCCACGCCAACUCCCACUGCCCACUGCUCACUGCUCACUGCUUUACGUCGCUUGCUCCGGCUCAUAACUAAUUACUGCCUCCAUCACAUCGCCUCGCCGCCGCAUUGCCAGCAUCUCGAAACUUUUAAAUUGAGUUGCGUGUCAUAGUCAAAAAGUUUGCCCACUUUCCGCUAACGCCCCCUCGCCCUCAACACACAAUCCCCUUGCCCUCCUGCCACUCUCGACAUUGAUGCUCUUCAAACUGAAUACGUGAUAU